AUGGACUGUGAAGGGUGUGAGAGGAGAGUCAGAAAAUCAGUGCAACACAUGAGAGGGGUGACACAAGUAUUAGUCGAGCCAAAAAUGCAAAAACUUACUGUUAUUGGUCAUGUCGAUCCUGAUAAAGUGUUGCGCAGAGUCGUGCAUCGUACUGGGAAGAAGGCUGAGAUGUGGCCUUUUGUGCCCUAUGAUAUGGUGCCACAUCCUUAUGCCCCCGGGGUCUACGAUAAGAAGGCGCCGCUCGGGUACGUGCGUAAUGUCUACGACAAUCCUCAGCCUUCGAGCCUCGCACGAGCUUCGUCUGAAGAAGUGAGGUACACGACGGCUUUUAGCGAUGAGAAUAUCAACGCUUGUGUGGUUAUGUGA